AUGAUUGAUUCGGGUCGAUUGUUCAUAAUAGGAGUGACCUUAUUAAUAAGUUUUCUAGCAUAUACUUCCCAAAUUUUCGUAUUUUGGGAUUUUUUAGGAGGAUUGAAUAUAGAAUGCUUGAAAAUAUUAAUACCGUUUAAUAUAAGUGUGAUAUUGAUUUUUUGGAACUAUUAUUUAACAUGUACUACAGACCCUGGUAGAGUGCCUGCAGACUGGUAUCCGAAGGAGAAUCAAGAAAAUAUUGAAUUAAAACGAUCAACUCGUGCCCCAAGAUAUUGCAAAACGUGUUCCGCAUACAAACCACCGAGGUCGCAUCACUGUAGUACGUGUAGAAGAUGCGUAUUAAAAAUGGAUCAUCACUGUCCAUGGACUAAUAAUUGCGUAGGACACUAUAAUUAUGGGCAUUUCAUUAGAUUUGUGUUUUGGGUUGAUGUAGCAUGUACAUACCAUUUGAUAUUAUUAAUUAAAAGAACUGCAAAGAUGGUUCAAGAUAUAUCUUAUUAUAGGUAUGAACCUACAACAUUAGAAAUGAUAUUUAUAAUAUUAAAUUACGCAGCAGUUAUACCAGUAUUACUUUCCGUUGGUAUUUUAAGUUUAUAUCAUUUUUAUUGUAUGCUAUUUAACACUACUACAAUUGAAAAUUGGGAAAAAGAUAAAGUAUCGACUAUGGUCAGAAAAGGAAAAAUCAAGCAGGUUAUAUUUCCUUAUGAUAUAGGAGUUUAUAAGAAUAUACGAUCUGUACUUGGUUAUAAUCCAUUAUUAUGGUGCCUUCCGCAACAAAUGGACGGAACUGGAUUGUCAUAUCCUAUAGCGAAAGAUUCAGGUAAUAACGAAGAUAAUGAUUUAGAUUUGGACUUCAUAGUGUAA